AUGUCUUCUCCGCGCAAGAAAGCUCCAACGAAGGCCUGGUAUGUGACGCUGGGUACAGGGAAGUCGGGAAAGACACAGAAAAAGCCUGCUUUACCUGGGGGCCUAUUCAUUGAUUCAUUCCCGAUAACCUUCAAGGUUCCCACAGAGGCGCUUGCCGAUGAAGUACUCUUGUAUCAAGACGCAAUCACGGUGAUCGAGGCCGCGGAGAGCGUGUAUGAGCGGGUCCGGCUUGCGUACACUCUGCCGCUCGGCGACGGCCUUCUCUCGCGCCACAUGGAGGAAGAGGGUACCUAUGGCCUUUACCCUGUGCUCCAUGGUUGGGAAUCCGCAGUUUUUAUGACCCACGCGGAGGCAAUCAGCGCGACGAAGGGAUUCUAUAAGCCCAUCUGGAAGAAGGUGCCAUCAUUCAGGCGGGCCAUCGCGUACAUGGUAUCGGGUGCAGAAACCGAGAAGACGGAUGGCGCGGCCGAGCUGCGAGAGCUCCUACAGGCCCAUAUCUCGAAUUCUAGCCCGCCUCAGCGCGCUCCUAAGCAGGAAGACGAGGGUGUCACCGGCUUCGCGUCGCCGCAGCGCGCACCUCCGCAAGUUGCGGGGACCCCAUCGCGCCGGGGCAACGAGUACGGGCGGUACACCUCGUCCCAGGCGCAGAUGUCUUCCCCGAUGCCGCCUACCCCGCCUUCUCCCUCGCCCUCACCCUCGCCCCUCUGCGCCGAACCCACCUACCACAUCCCUGAUGAUCCGGCUGAGGUCGGCGGCGGGAUCUAUCAGCACAGCCGCGAUCUUGCUGGGAUCACACGCUCACAUGUGUUCCCUCUCAUCAACACGGUGAAGGUGCCGUCGUGUGGUCCCGCACUUGACAUGUUCCUCCAGGCGUUCGGCUACGACACGGAAUCCAGAUUCACCGUCGCCGACAUCUGCAAGAAUUCGCGCAAUAUGGGGGAAUUUGUGAAGGAGAUCGCUGUGCGUGCCUGCUUGCCAAUGGUCCUCCUAGGGAAGGGCAAACGCCUUCCGGCUCGCCUUGAGGCGAUUGCAAAUCAGCGCAAAUACGUAACUCGCUUAGCCCGGAAGCCGUACAGAGUGCGCAUCAAGAAGGAGAUCAUCAAGAAGACUCCUGCGGAAAAGAAGGUGCUUGCGGAAAGACAUGUCGAGACGCGUGAGAAGCUGUCAGGCGCAUUGGCUACUGCGCGGGAUACCAUUGCGGAGGAAGCACGGAAAUUGCAGGCAGAGUUCGGAGGCCACGACCACAAGUACUACGAGCACCAGAUCCUACAAUCGUCCCGCAUCGCAAAUACUACACGGAAGACCAACCCCUGGAACGCAUUCAUUCGUUUCGAGUUACAAAAAUGGAACAACGCGCUACCAAAGGACGCUAAACGGUGUUCAUCCACCGACCCGGUGUUCCUCGCCAUGGCCCGCGCGUUAUGGGCGAGCAUGUCAGACGAAGAGAAAGCCCAGUUCAAUGAGGAGGCAAUGAAGGAUUUGGAAGAGGCUAAGGAAAUGAAAGCCCUGUCAGUACAGAGUGUCCCCAUCAACGCGUUCCACGAUGCCCGCGCGACCCUCGAUGGUAUAUUCAAAGAGAUACAACGGCUCCACGCCCGCACCGGAAUCGAGAUCGGCCUCGUUGCCGUGCGCUCGGCGAAGAAUCAUCACACGCCUGCCAUGUCCUUUGGGACGUCUGCACGUGUGCAUGAAUUCAUCCAGAUGUCGCUUGAUACGUCGUUGGACGACAUCGCCUGGGGCUUGGAAGCCUACUGCUUGAGCGGCGUGUCCGGUUUACUCGAGCGGAGUGUCGAUGUCAUUCAAGACCUCCAAAGCCGUACUGCGAGCCUGAUUUCGCAAAGGCUAGGAGAUAUAUCGAAGGGCGCUGUCAAGAAGAUGAUAUACUCCGGCUUCGCGGAUCGUAUCACGUCGCGUCAAGGGCUCGUCAUCGAAGGGUGGCCGUUGAAGGCAUUCCAAGCUCCCAGCAGCUUCCGGACACGCCUGGAGCUAUCCACGCUUUUCCAAGCAUGGGAGCGCAAGACCGCCCAUUUCCGAAAGCUCACGGAACCGGAGUGGCGGCAGUGGGAGCAACAGGUCCUCGGGGAUUCCGCCGUAAGCAUAUACGCGGUGAACUUCGCGGUCGGAGUACCCCAGGGCCCGCCCCCGUCCAUCGAUUCGAGCACGGCUACCACGGCGCCGGCAGACCCCGCAAACACCGAAAAUGUGGCACCGGCUGAUGGCCUCGCGAUUCCCCCGGCUGCUCCCACAGAUGCAACGGCUACGGCAUCCCCUCCUCAACUUAGUGCAACAGUCGCAGCGGCCACGCCGGGUGUCGAGGAAGGCAAUGCGAGGGCUGCCGGGGCUGCCAAAACCCGCAAGCGACGGUCGGAUUAUGGCAAGUCGCACAAGAAGCGGAAGGCGGACGCCCUAGAAGAUGCGCGGGCAGCGUCCAUGCUUACGCCCGCGUCCGCGCCCACCCCUACUACGUCUGCGACGGCACAAGUCCCCGCGCCGCCUGCGCAUGCGCCCGCGUUCGCAUCCGCACUCGCGCCCACCCCCGCGCAUGUGCCCGUGCCCGUGCCUGUGCCCGCACAUCUGCCUGCAUCCGCGUCCGUGUCCGCAUCCACGUCCGCGCCGGUGCUCGCCAACGCGCAUGCAACAUCUGCGCGCCUCGACGCGCACAGCCCGCCUACACUCCCAUACACGCACGUCGCGCCUUCCCCCGCGUUUCCGCACCCGUCGCUGUCCCCUUCUCACGCAUCCGGGUGGUACACGCCCUCCGGUAACGCCGCGCCGCCUCCGCCUCAUGCACCAGCACUGGCACCGGUGUCCUCCGACAUGCAGGGCGCGCACCUUGCAGGUGCCUUCGCCUUCCCGGGCGGGUACCCAUACGGCGCGCACCCUUCCGCAUUCGCUUCCGGUAGCGCCCCGACUACCUCCGGAGACCCGUACUACACCCACAUCGGGGGCUACUCCUUCCAGCCGCCUCCACCCCCGGACCACGCGAUUGACCCCCUAUUGAUGCAAGGGGGCUAUGGCGGCGUACCCAUUUUUCACCCCUCCACCAACGGCCAGCCUCCGAGCCUGCAUGUGCAGCUGUACCCCGGAGCUGGGCUGAAUUAG